ACGAAACGAAAACCGAGCGGGUAUAAACUCGGAAUCGAAGUGAAUUAUAAAGAAGUAAAAAUAAAAGCCCCUGGCCAUUAUCGCUAGGUUUUCGUACAAUAAACGAUUUGCAAACCCCGUCGAAAUUUGAAUUGUCCGGCCCGAUCGUUCAGUUGGCCAACGGACGUCGCGAACGGCAAAAGCGCACUCAACCCGAAAAUUAGAUCGAUUUAAGUCCCACAACCGUGGGGCGUGAGAAAAUAGCAAUACACCUUUGCAUCCAACAGUCACUGCAAAAUGUAUCCACCACCGGCAACGAAAAUCAAGCACUUUGGCUCCCUCAGAACGGCCGCCAUUUGGGCCGGAAUUCUCGGAGUGGCCCAGUCUAUCAUCUGGAUGGGGCUGACCAUUACAGCGAUAUGUGCCUUCAACUGUGUGGUGUACAUAACGAAUGACUUGACUUAUGGCACCAUGGUCAAGACAGUUUUCUUCGACCUGUACUUCAAGGGCGGAUGCAAGAUGAGCCCCUCCGAUUACCAGAACUACGACCAAACUAUCCUAAACACAGUGACGACAGUUUUCGAUCCUAGUCAGAUUUUGAUCUGGGAUUCCGUAUACUUGGGCGUUUCUGUCUGCUGGCUCAUCGUCUCCAUUGUGCUGCUACUGUGGGUGCGCAAGGACAACCCCAAGCAGACACUGACAGCCAUAUAUACCUGGGCCUUCUUUGUGGCCGCCAUCUGUUGCAUGGAUAUAGCUUCUGGAGUGAUCUUUGGAGUCGAUUACGCACGCUUUAAUGAUGCGGCUUUGAAGUAUAAUGCCAAUAGCGUCAAUAGUGGUGAAAUCUAUCCCAUGGCUGCCACUUUAAUAGCCGGUGGAGUGGCUGCCAUCUCCAUGAUGAUCAUCUCCUUCAAGGGAUUCGUUCUAUGGUUCAUCAACUUUGGACUGCUUGUGUACCUUCUCAUGAGAGCCAUUCGCAUUGCCACCGAUAAGGAUGGUGUGGAUACUUUGUUUAAUCCUCGCAAGGAUUCCAAUGAUAUUCUGACCACCAGGCCUCCCAUUCGCGCCUACGAGGAAGAGAAGGUGGAGAUCCAGGCGUAUAACAACGCCGCCUACCUUCCGGACAACCGCUCCGUAGCGGAGACCAUCGAGGUGAACGAAGGCGCCAUUGUGCGGGCGGCUCACAUGUCGAUGGAUUCUAAUCUGUUGGAUCGCCGCUUCCGGGACCUCAAUGCCUUCCAGCAGUAUCCGGCUCCCAAUCCGCAGAACAGUCGCCCGUUGCGCCAACAGUCGCAGGUUCCGGUGCAGGAGACCAUUGUGGUGGCCACCGCGGGAUUCCCCCAACCCGACUAUUCGCCACAGCCCAGUCCCAAUGGCAUUUUGCGGCCCCACCAGUACUAGGUACUAAGCCCAUUGGCGCCCCUCCGAAAAGCCCUCUUCCAUAAAAUAAUUCUCAAAUAAUCCCCCAAGUGACAACUAAAGUUUAGUUCAAAUUUUAUCAGCGUGAGCAUUUGCUCUGCAUGGUUAUUCUUAUUUAUUUGCAUGUUAAUAACAAUAUAAGUGUACAGUUGUAAAUAAAUGAAAACGUUAUAGUUA